UCACUGGGCUGGAAAGCUUAAUCCCAGUGACCAGGAUCCAGGUGACAUUGAGAACAGAAGUGCACCAACAAGAAGCUUGGAGACUAGGCAAAAAGACUGGAACCCUCUUCAGGACGCAAAUCCCAAGAAUACAUAUUGCACAGGAUUUGCAAGCUAAAAUCUGGAUAAGGGCAACUCAACUUACCUGAAGUAUUUUCGCAGAGAAAAGCCAAAUUACUGGAUUUCCUUCUCCGCUGGCGCACGCAUCCCGUCAGGUUGGUGAAGAAACAAGACAAUCGUACGCUACUGAAAGUCACGCAGGAGGACGUCACAGGUAGCGGGGACAUCAGCUACACGGUGCAGAAUACUCAUUACCUCCCCUUGCUCUGGAUGUUGGCAUCUCAGUGACAAGGCGUACACGUGGUGCAUCAGGCAAAAAUGGUGCUGCAGGUCAGCACAGAUCGGGAGGAGGACUCUCACAGCAGGGCCCCAAGACGUACUCUGCUCAACUCUUGUUCUCAUCGUCUGGUAACUAAAGAGGGACACAGCACCAUAAAAGCAGUUGGGAUCCAGGGGCAGGGACUGUCAUACUUGCGAGACAUUUGGGGGCUACUGCUUGACAUGCGCUGGCGCUGGAUGAUGUUGGCCUUUAUGGCUUCUUUCCUGGCACACUGGCUCCUCUUUGCAGUUUUUUGGUACCUUUUGGCUGAAAUGAAUGGGGACCUGGCCCUGGACCAUGAUGCCCCGCCAGAGAAUCACACCAUUUGUGUCAAAUAUAUAACUAGCUUCACUGCUGCCUUUUCAUUCUCCCUGGAGACGCAGCUCACCAUUGGAUAUGGUACCAUGUUUCCAAGCGGAGAUUGCCCAAGUGCUAUUGCUCUUCUAGCCGUACAAAUGUUGCUGGGACUCAUGCUGGAGGCAUUUAUAACAGGUGUUUUUGUGGCAAAAAUUGCACGGCCAAAGAAUCGCACUCCAUCAAUUGUCUUCUCUAGAUUGGCUGUGGUGGGCAGUCCAGAAGGAAAGCCAUGUUUAAUGUUCCAAGUGGCAAACACUCGCCCGAGCCCAUUAACCAUGGUCAGAGUCAGUGGAAUUCUCUACCAGGAGAGAGGUGAUGGCCAAAUCCAGCAGAACAACGUUGACUUUUCGCUGGACAGUCAAAAUGGCAAUGUGGAGUGCCCCUUCUUCUCUUUCCCUCUCACGUACACUCAUAGUCUAUCUCCUGGGAGCCCACUGGCAACUUUAUUGCAGCGCGAAACUGUAUCUUCUUCAGGUCACUUGGAGCUGGUGGUUUGUCUAUCUUCUACUCAGGAAAGCUCAGGGGAAAUUUGCCAAAGCCGUACUUCUUACCUACCAAGCGAGAUCCUUCAAGGACACCGCUUUGCACCGUGUCUAACACGCCGGCCUGAAGGAGGAUAUCGCAUCUGUAUGGAAACCUUUGGCCAUCCACUCCCCGAGCUGCCACAAGCCUCACACAGACAGUCCUACAGAACUGAGCUGGAAGUCUGUGCCAAUGGGCAAAGAGGGGACACCUUUCAAAUUUGCGAGACUGGACUUGGAGAGUAAAACGUUUCAAAGCAAUGACUUUCCUUAGUCCCUUCAGCCAUCUUCAUUCCGAUAACUAUGCUGGCGCUUCUUCCAAAGGAAAUUCACACAGGAAAUGAGGGUGCCAUCAUCAUGGCUCCAAAAGACUGUUAUACCUUACCUGAGAACACCAAGCUCUGUAGCCCCGAUGUGACAACAGGGGUGUGUGGGACUCUGCCCACCUGAUAAUGUCUAACUGUAAUAAAGAAUCGCUCAGGGGAGUGACAGCGCACCAAGAAGAAGGCAGGGUAGACUCAUGAGACAGCCAUGAGCUGACAGUGGACUAGCACUUAUAAAUGUACAGCAAGCAAGGAGACUGCCGCUAAAGUGCCAAUGAUGCAAUGGACAUGCUGGGGAAAGGCAACUCAGAUUGUUCAUAUACAGGAAUGGUUUGUUUUAUCAGAUUGUCCUUUAAAUGUGGAGUGCACUGUACUUAGCAAUACAAGACGUCCAUACACCCAGGCAAAGUGCAAGAGAUGAAUGCAGGUACAUUUAUAUAGUGAACACGCAAGCAUGCUUCUUGACACCCAGUAGUAACCUAGUACACCUAUGUAUAUCAUAAAGACAAGCAUAUAAUGCACUCAUGCAGGUGAGGAAUAUGCUAAAGCACACACACACACAUACUGGCUUGGCCUGAAUCAGACUCUGCACUUAUAGAAAUCACUGUACUAACCCUUAACAAUUCCUAGCUGGCAGGUUAUGUUGGCAGACGAGGGCACAGACACAGAGAUGCUCUUUCCUGGGGCAGAAAGAGUACAAGGGACUGCAUAGAAGCCGGCCAUGCAACUCCCAUUCGAUAUAUUUGUGACAUGAAUAAACGUGAAUAAACUCUGUGCUUCC